AGGAGACCAUAGGCUGCUCAAACGACACUCGCUGAGGAAUGUCUCUUGAUGUGACUUUGGAAAAUCUAAAUGCCACACUACAGCAGAUAUCCGAGUUGUUACGGACAGUGGAGAUUGCAAUACUCAUAGUGGCUGUAGCUCUCUCCAUAUUGUUGAUAGGUAUGACAGCUAUCUGCUACUACUCCAAGUACAAGAAGUAUAGCUUACUACGAGGCGAUUGCCAAAGGCACAAUACAGCUCAUCUACUUGUUUCAGAUGCUUAGCAAUUUGUAAGGAUAAUUUUGAAUAUUUCCUAGAAAUUUACCUUGGGUAAAGUAGUCAGUUCCAGUUUUUAGCCUAUACGGUAGAAACUGCAUGAUUGUUCUUUAUGUUUUGCCAUCCGCGUGCCAAUUAUUGUUCUCCCUCACAUUUUGUUGCAUUAUUGUUACAGCCUGAGCUACACUGUGAUUGAUGCUCACUAUCAUUUGCCUUGU